CAGGAGCCUAACAUCACAAGACCUUCUCUCCGGGAAAGCCGAAAAAGCCGAAGAGAGAGAGAGAGAGAAAUUCCGGAAGAGAGUUCAUCAGUUCUGCAAUUUUAUCUCAAAUUUACCUACCCUCUUCUGCAAUUUCCCAUUUUCAGUGAUGAUUUGACCACCAUAGCCACCAUACCUCCACACAACGUGAUUCUGAACGAACAAUUUGCAUCCUGACAACGCCUUUGAAUCUCCAAUGGGGUCCUCUAAAUGGGGUUUUACUUUUACCUCAUCGGAAUUCUCCCUGUCGUUAAUCCGCUUCAUCGUCAUCUGAAACUGGAGUUCGCGGUGUACUCUAUGCAACGGGUGAUUAAUCUACACUUUUCUCCACCGUAAUUACCUGAACAUUUGCUUCCGUUAUUUGACCUCUAGCAAUCUACGAGUGAUAUGAUGGAGGUGGGUUUGGUUCCAAGUGGGAUACCGGAGGAAGAAACCGCAGAGGCUUACGAAAUCAAUUAUGAGAUUACUGAGGAGGUGGAAAGAUGUGGGAUAUGCAUGGAUGUCAUUGUUGACAGGGGUGUUCUGGACUGCUGCCAGCACUGAGAAGGAGAGAAACUCUUGUCUCUGGAGCUCGGUGAAACUUACCGGCGUGCAAGAGUUAGGCCGUCAGAGGUUCUGUUUUGUAUGCAUUGACAACUGGGCUACUAUUACAAACCUUUGUCCACUUUGCCAGAAAGAAUUUCAACUCAUCACAUGUGUUCCAGUGUAUGAUACUAUUGGCAGCAACAAAGUAGACGAAGAAUCAUUUAGCAGAAAUGAUGAUUGGUGCUUUGAGGGGAAGAGUAACAUCUCCUUUCCGUCAUACUAUAUUGAUGAGAAUGCAGUUAUCUGCUUGGAUGGUGACGGCUGUAAGAUUAGAAAUGGAUCUGGAUUUAUUGAAGGAGAAUCUGAUCUUGAUACCUCAAUUGCUUGCGAUUCUUGUGAUACAUGGUAUCAUGCAUUCUGUGUUGAUUUUGAUCCUGACGAUACAUCUGAAAGUACAUGGUUAUGCCCAAGAUGUGGGGUUAAUGAUCAAGAAAGUUCCAUCAAUGAUUCUGUUCCAAAGUUUAACAGCGACUUUGAUUCAAUGAAUGCUUCGGCUGCACAAAGUUUUUCCAGAAAGGUGUCUGUUUCUGUUGCUGAUACUGGAGAGACAGCAUUGGUUGUCUCCAUGAUUGGAGGAAAUCAUGUUAAAGAAGAACAAAUUGAUUACAGCCCAUCAACUGAUGAAAUUGAAAAUAAUAGAAAAAUUGAAGAUUUCAUGUUGGCUUCAGAAGCUGGUAGGCCAAAUGUAUCUGCAUCACCAUUGGAGAAUGCUCCCGUUCUGCCAACCCCAUCAAUGGAGAAUACUUCUGUUGUGCCAGCACUUGGGGACAAAGAAUUGGAACUUUCUUUGUCACAUGAUUUUUCCAUCAGUUUGCCUCAUGAUUCCCUUAGGCAUGUCGGGUUGAAAACAAGUUGUGCUGAUGAAAUCAAGACUGAAUCAAAUAGCCUUGAAAGCAUCAGAAGUUUUUCAAAUGCAUCCCAUCCUGUAAACAAAGUGUCCAAAGAUGAAUUCGGCAUGGGUCUUCAUCUUGGUUUACCUGUGGGCACAUUCUUGUCUGUUGAUUACUCGAAUGACGAAAGUGGUGAUCAAAGUGUUGAUGUUAAACCACAGUUUCCUUCAGAAGAACACUUGUUACAAGCUGAUGAUGUCGCAUCACAAACCAUCCAGGAAGCCUCUGUAAUUAUAGGCACAAAGAGGAAACGCACAGAUUGCAGUGACCACAUUCAGAAGACGGCUGAUAAUCGAGAUGAUAAAGGCAAUUCUGAUACAAAACUUGUCAAGGGGAAGAACCAACCAGUUCCUUCUCAAAACGACUUGGAGCGCACUAAGCAAGAUGAUACUACAAAGAGUUUGGCUAUGCCAUUAGUUCCUACAGAAGCCAGCUUGAAACGAAUACCAAGAAAGAAAGAUGCCAGUGCUGAUAUAAUGAGUAUAGUUAGGGGCCGAAACCGCAGGCCUCCUCCCAAAAACCAGGCAAGCUCAAAUUCUAAUAACGAAGAGUCAGAUCAGCAAGAAAAUUUGACUGGUUUGAGAGUCAAAAAGAUCAUGAGAAGAGCCGGUGAGGAUCAGGAAUCAUCCAUGCUAGUUCAGAAACUGAGAAAUGAAAUAAGAGAAGCAGUCCGCAACAAAUGUUCAAGAGAGUUUGGGGAAAGCCUUCUGGAUUCUAAGCUUCUUGAUGCCUUUAGAGCUGCAGUAUCAGGCCCUAAAACCGAAUCCCAGAAAAGAUUAACAGCUUUGGCUGUUAAGGCAAAAAAAUCAUUAUUGCAAAAGGGGAAAAUACGUGAGAGUCUAACAAAGAAAAUAUAUGGGGCUACCAAUGGAAGAAGAAAGCGUGCAUGGGACAGAGAUUGUGAAAUUGAAUUCUGGAAGCAUCGGUGCAUAAGAGUAAGAAAACCUGAAAAGAUUGCAACUUUGAAAUCUGUCCUUGACCUCUUAAGAAAUGGCCCACGGAGCCCAGAUACAAAACAAGGUUCUGAAGGUCAGCCUGCAAAUCCAAUUCUUUCUCGAUUAUAUGUAGCAGAUACAUCUGUUUUCCCAAGGAAUAAUGACAUCAAGCCUCUCUCGGCUCUCAAAUCUUCCUCUUCUUUGGAGCAGAAGAAAGAUCCACUCAUAGGGAUUAGCAAGGUUUCAUCAAAGGUUGGUAUUCCUUUGGCAGGAAAUGUGGGGAAUAAUUGUUCUGUAUCUGCCUUGAAAAGUGCAGUAGGUUCUGGAAAAGGAAAUCAUAGCAUGAACUCAGAAGCAUCAGUUGGUUCUAAACCUAAACCACAGAAAACAGUGGCUUCUACAUUUAAUAAUGCAAUUGAUAAAAGAAAAUGGGCGCUAGAAGUUCUUGCUAGGAAAACUGGUGAUGGCUGCAGUGCAGCAAAUAAAAAGGAGGAAGACAUGGCUGUGCUUAAAGGAAAUUAUCCUUUGCUUGCUCAGCUACCAAUAGACAUGAGACCCAAAUUGGCACCCAGUCGCCAUAAUAAAAUUCCCAUAUCAGUAAGGCAGGCACAGCUUUAUCAUCUGACAGAGCAGUUUUUGAAAAAAACAAAUUUGAUAGAGAUGCGCAGAACUGCAGAGACAGAGUUGGCAAUUGCAGAUGCCGUUAACAUAGAAAAGGAGGUUGCUGAUAGGUCAAAUACCAAAGUCGUUUAUCUUAAUCUAUGUUCCCAGGAGAUAUUGCAUCGCACAGACACUGGCAGAUCAAAUACAGCAGCAGAUUUGGAUUCUCCAUCCUGCGCAAAUGAGCCAAUUGCUGAAUCCGAACUGGCAACUGAUCCAGAAACAGAUCCUGUAGUUGAAGAAGCACUUAGAAAUGCUGGUCUUUUAUCUGAUUCGCCUGUGAAUAGCCCGCCACAUAGAACUGAUGUCAAUGAUGAUGAUGAUGAACCGCCGGAAGAGUUGGAACCUGAAAACGUAAUAGAAAUGGAUGACCAUCCAGAUUUGGAUAUCUAUGGUGAUUUUGAGUAUGAUCUAGAAGAAGAAAACUGCUUCACCACCAAAGCUACGAAGGUUAUGAAACCACUAGAUGAAGGCGAAUCCAAAUUGAAAGUUGUUCUAUCCACUCCAAACACUGAAAGUUCAAUUCAUGCAUCAGAUGUUGAAAAGUCUGAGAGGUUGGAUAGUGUUGAACUUCCAAAGGAUGCUUCUUGUUCAUCGAAAAACAAAAUUGAUUUGGAGGUUGGAACCGCCCCUUCUGAGGGUGAGAAGGAAGGGUCUACUGCUGUUCCUCUGAAUAGUAACGAAGUUGAAGAACCUUCCUUAGCAGAAUAUGAAGAACUAUAUGGGCCAGACACAGAUCCACAAAUAAAGAAUCUUCCAGGGGAAGCAUUAACAGAUAAGCCUUGUUUACUUACUUCAGAAUCUGGUUCCGAGCAGAAAGAUUCUUGUACUGAUGUAACGUCUAUGCCAAUUCAAGGUGGAAAAGAAUCGAACUUAAAAUGUGAGGUGGUAAAAGGAGCAAAUCCCCCUGCUGGAGAGUGUUCUCCCCACAGGAAGGAGAAAUCUAAUACCGAUGACAAUAAGCAGUCUGAUAGCAACAAUUCUGUAGCUAAGAAGGUCGAAACAUACAUCAAGGAGCACGUCAGACCACUGUGCAAGAGCGGGGUCAUAACAGCCGAACAAUACAGAUGGGCAGUUCAGAAAACCACUGAGAAGGUUAUGAAGUACCACUCCAAAGAUAAGAAUGCAAAUUUUCUUAUCAAAGAGGGGGAGAAGGUGAAGAAGCUUGCAGAACAGUAUGUAGAGGCAGCACAGCGGAAGGGCAUUGAUUAAUAUCGAUCGACAUUUCAGCUCUGCAUAUGUCAGUGAAGGGGUGUUCAUUAGGAUCUAUGGUAUGGUACAGGUAGGUCGAUCCUUGCAACGAAUAGGAGUUACAUAUUUGGUAAGCAACUAUGUUUCUAAUUGAGCAUAAUUUCUGUCCUCACCAUUGCAAAUUGAAGCACCAUGUAAGUUGGACACAAGAAUCCAAUUUCCCAAAAGCUAUAUAAUAAAAAGUGUAAAUUUCUAUCUGAACACAAACAAGAAACUUCUGGGAGUAGCCUCUUUAUUAGGGUUGAUUUGAUCUCCCAUGAUUGUUGACUACAUUUUCUAAAAGCAUUUUUGUUUUUCAUUGUUUUUCAAUUGCGAUUGUUGGCUAUUUUAAAACGA